UUUACGCACACGUUUCGGUGUUGUUUGGCUUUUAAAUCGAUGUGAAAAUGUCUAAUAAUUCAGUGAUUUCUGUCAUUUCCAGGUUUCUGGAGGAAUAUGCGUCCAGCACGCCGAACAAACUGAAAGUGAUAGACGCGUAUCUCCUGUAUGUUAUGAUGACUGGAGCGCUGCAGUUUCUCUAUUGUUUAUUAGUCGGCACGUUUCCGUUCAACAGCUUUCUGUCUGGUUUCAUAUCGUGCGUUGGGUCGUUUAUUCUUGCAGUGUGUCUGAGAAUCCAGAUUAAUCCUCAGAAUAAAGAUUGACUGUGUCAAGAAAGACCAAACCUGGAAAGCACACGCAGCUACCGGAAGCAGAGAAUAAACAUCAUGUUUAUGAUUGUUAUUUUCUCCCAACACUGACAGCAACUGCACACCUUAUCAAGAUUCCCAGCGCUGUGACAAAUCCUCAAACUUCCCUACACUACUCCACAAAUAAAUGACAUUUCUUGAGACGGGAUCCAUUUUGGGCUCAUUUCUGUUGCCUCCCAAUAAUCUGUGAUGAUUGAAGAGAAUUCAGUCUAGGCUAAUAUGCUCAACUGGAGUGUAUCUUCAUAUUAUUUUUCUUUUAAUUUCAAACAUGUUUGUACAUGUUUCAUUAUCAGUAUUAUAUAGAUAUAUAUUUUGCUUUAUUCAGAAAUAAAACAUA